AUGCGCGUAGUUCUCGGUGGGCUCUUGGCGACCGCUGUCGCUGUCGACGCGUGCACCGUCAUCUCUGUCGGCAAGAAGGCGACCAUCGAUGGCUCGGUGCUGGUCUCGCACACGAACGACGCGGGCUUGAACCCGGCGGACCUGCGCAUGGUCCGCGUGCCCGCGAUGAACCACACGGCGGGCAGCCGGCGCGCUGUGUACAACUUCCAGCGCAACGGGUACCCGCGCCUCGUGACGGCUGAGCGUGGGCCGCUGUACGCGCCGUUGGAGGGCCAGACGCUCUCGGCGCCGCUCGGCUACAUUGACCAAGUGCCAUUCACGUACGGGUACUUUGACCACGACUAUGGCAUGAUCAACGACCAGCAGCUGAGCAUCGCCGAGAGCACGUGCGCGGCCAAGACGGUCGGGUGGCCGUCGUCGCUGCGCUAUGGUCACAACCUCUUUCAGAUUGAAGAGCUCUCGAAGAUUGCGCUUGAGCGCUGCGACUCGGCGCGGUGUGCGAUCACGACGAUGGGCGACCUCGCGGUCGAGCACGGCUUCUUUGGCGAGUAUGGCAAGAACCAAAAGGCGAAUUACGGCAGCUCGUCGGAAGCGCUUGGUAUCUCGGACAAGUACGGCGAGAGCUGGAUUCUGCACAUGCUCACGGGCCCGAAGAAUACGUCGGCGGUCUGGGCGGCGCAGCGCGUGCCAGACGACCACGUGGCCGUCGUCGCCAACUCGUUUGUGAUUCGGACGCUCAACCUCAGCGACAGCGCCAACUACUUGGCGUCCAGCAACGUGGUGUCGUUUGCGCAAGACAUGGGCUGGUACAACCCCGCGGUCGACGGCGAGUUUGACUUUGCCAAGGCGUACAGCUGGGCCAAGCCCGGCCCGAGCAAGCCGCUGUAUGGCGGCCGCCGCAUCUGGCGCGUCUACGACGUGCUCGCGCCGUCGCUGCAGCUCGACGCGACCUUGGGCCAGCACCCGGAAGUCGCGACGUACCCGUUUUCCAUCAAGCCCGACAAGCUCAUUGCGCCUUCGGACCUCAUGGACCUCAUGCGCGACCACUACGAAGGCACGCCGUUCGACAUGACCAAGGAGGUGGCGGCCGGUCCGUUUGGCAACCCCGUGCGCUUUGGCGGCUCGACCAAGAACGUGACGGGCGGCUGGGAGCGCGCGAUCUCGAUGCACCGCACGACGCACAGCUUUGUGCUCCAAGCCCGCGGGUUCUUGCCCGAUGACGUGGGCGGCGUCACGUGGUACUCGCUCGGCGCGCCGCACGGCUCGGUCUACGCGCCGUUUUCGUGUGCGCAGACGUCGAUCCCGGCGUCGUACCUCGCGUCGCGGAAGCACGAGUUCAGCACGGACGCGGCGUGGUGGGCCUUUGAGUUUGUCAACAACUGGAGCAUGCUGCGCUACGACCUCAUUCACGCCGAGAUUGCCACGGUGCUGCAAGCGCUGCAGCGCGACGCGAUUGCGCUCGAGGCCGAGACGCGCGCGACGGCCAUGACCAUGGACGACCCGGUCGCGCGCCUUGCGUUCAUUGAAGCCAAGACCAACGCGUUUGCCCAAGCCAUGGUCGACAAGUGGUGGAAACUGGCGUUCCAUCUCGUCGUCAAGUUUAGCGACGGGUAUGUGAUCCACGGCGACCGGUCGGGCGACAUGAAGGCGCCGGGCUACCCCGCGUGGUGGUUGCAGUCGACCAACUUUGCGACCUGGCCCGAGCCGCACGCGUACAAGCCACCGGCCGCGAUCCUCGCGUUGCAGGCGCCGCCGCAGCAGUCGAUGGCGCUCUGGCUCGUGAGCGCGGUCGUCGCGGUCGCUGGCAUGACGGUCGUCGGUAUCGUCUUUGUCCGCCAGCAUCGCCGCGGCCACGAGUACCGGCGCUUAGAGUUGCCGGCUGCGAUGGAGGGGUUCGAGACGGCGUAUGGGACGACGUUCCAGUGCACCAGCGUGUGCCACUUCAUCACGAUUGCCUUCUGUGUGCUCUUGUUGCUCUUCGUCUUGCUGCUGCUGCUCGUGCCCGUGAGCACGACCCAGUACGUCAAGGCGCCGCCGCCGACCAAGCGGAAGCGCCUGCCCAAGACGCGGGCGACCGCCGUGCCAACCAUGGCGGCCAUCGGCGUCCACCAGCACCUCCUCGACCCGUACGCGCCUCUCUCGACGCCCUUGCGAGCUGAGGCCGACGACGACGUGCCCCGCAUUGACACCGACGGCUACGACUUCAUCUCGUCCUUGUCGACCGCGGUGCCGGCCAAAGCGCCGCCGUCGCCGCGCCGGCACGACGCCCAUGCCAAGCGCGUCAAUCAUACUGUGGCGCGCAAGACGGACCGGCGCGCCGAGCUGCGCGCGGCCGACGUGAGCUACGAGACGCUGGGCGACGACGCGAUCCGCGAGCACGAGUACCUCGAGUUUGUGCGCAGCCUCCUCGACGGCGUCGGCCUCUUCAAGCUCAAGUCCAACGGAAAGAAGUCGCCUCGUAUCUUUGCGCUCUCGCACGACCUGACGCUGCUGUCGUGGACCAAGCCGCACGGCCUCCUGCGCAAGACGUCGUCGGUCGCGAUGCGUGACGUCGUCGGCGUCACGACCGGCGUCGGGCCCACCGGCGCGUUCCUCUCACUCCUCCAGGCCGACAACUCGACGCUCGACGUCCAAGCCGACUCGGACAUGGCACUCCAGAAGCUCCGCAACGGCUUCUCGAUGCUGCUCCAGGCGCAGCAAUAGCACUCGAUAAAGACCGAAUUCGACCCUGUACACUAGGACAUUGCUCGCCAAA